AGGAAGGGGGCAGAGAACCAGAAGAGAAGGAGCUCUAGCUUUGGGACUCCAGUGGCAGUGGAAAGUAGUAUUGUGCUGUGUGGACACAUGAGAGAAAAAGAGGGAGAGGGAGCGACAGAGGAGAGAGGAUGGAUUUGAUUACAGAGACAAGACAAGGACUGAAGAAGAAGUAUGUAAAGCUGCUGCAAAAUAGCUGUUUUAGUCUCAGCUGACGGGGACACAAACAGGAAGAGAGGAAAGAAAGAGGUGCACAGAAGACAGAGGACUUGCCCGAACAGGAGGGCAUAAAAAAGAAGACUGAGUGAGGAGGCGGGAGUGGAACUCUGAGUCAAAGCAGACAGACAGACAGACAGGAAGAGUGAGAGGAGGAGGAGGAGGAGGAGGGAGGGUGAGUUAGGUAAAAGAAAACUUAAGAAAGCAGAAAAGGCAAAAGAUUAACAGUGAAAGAAAAGAGACAGAGAGAGUGUAAGCUAGGCAAGGGGGGAGGAAGCACUCAGAGUGAGGGUGACAGAGAGCAGAUAACGUGUGAGUGUUGGGACAGAGACACAGAGAGGGAGAGACAGAAGGUGAGAGGGGGGUUAGCCGGAGGGGAGAGAGGUAUGAGGGGACAGCUCUUGAAGUCACUCUUCUCUCUGGUGAUCACUCUCCUGUGUUUGGGGAGCCUGCUGACCACUCUCAUCUGGUACAUGCUCGACAGCAACAAUGUGGACCCUCGUAAGCCGGCCCCUCAGAAGAAAAGCGCCCCAAAGACCUCUGACCUCUGCAAGGGCUGCCGGGAGGUCAUUGAGAAAGUGAUGCAGCGUUACUCUCAAUCCUGGAAGAAGCAGGAGGGCAAUUAUCAAAAAUUCAGAUCUCAGCUGAACAGUAAGUGCCAUGGUUUUGAAAAGGCCAUUAUUACCCAGACCAACACUCCGGUGGGAACCAAGCUUGUUUAUGACGGGGAGAAGAGGAGGAGCCUCCAGGUGACCCCGGAGAUUUUCAGCACCUUUGCAAAGGAGCGCCCUUUCUUAAAUAAAACAUGGGACACCUGUUCAGUCGUUGGGAAUGGAGGGAUCCUGACCAACAGUGGCUGUGGAGAAAUGAUUGACUCAGCGCAGUUUGUCAUCAGGUGCAACCUACCUCCUUUGAAAAACGGCUUUGAGAAGCAUGUGGGUGAAAAGACAAACCUUGUGACAGCUAACCCAAGCAUCCUUCUGGAGAAGUACGGGGCUCUGAUGGGGCGUCGCCGUCCAUUUGUGGAGAACCUGCAGACUUACGGCAACUCUCUGCUCCUCCUUCCCGCCUUCUCUUACGGCCACAACACUCCUGUAUCUCUACGGGCUGCUUACACCAUCGAGGACUUUGGUAGCCCAACCCGACCCAUCUUCUUCAACCCUGAGUACCUCCAGAGCUUGGCCGUGUUCUGGCGUGCACAAGGCCUGCGAGCGGUACGGCUCAGCACUGGGAUUAUCAUGGCUAGCCUUGCGCUUGAACUCUGUGGCAACGUGCAUCUCUAUGGGUUCUGGCCCUUCAGUAGUCACCCUCAUGGACUAAACACCCUGACGAACCACUACUACGAUGACAGACAAACUAAAACCAAAUUCCACGCCAUGCCGGCUGAGUUUGAACUCUUGUUGCGGCUGCACAGUCAGGGGGUGCUAAAGCUUCAUCUUGGAGACUGCCAGCCUAGGAAAAAGUAGACCCAGGGACCGCUGACAGAAAAGACGCAAAGUGCCUUCUUUGGACCUGCUGGAAAAGGGCGGCCAAGUCUUUAAAAUAAAUGUACUCACGAUCAUUGGCUGAUGAAGCAAAGCUGAGGUGGCCAAUAAGCAGACGAGACUUUGCACUGAAAUGAAAAUGCAGAAAUCCUCAGACUGAAAACACCUGAGACUUAACUGACUGUAUUUAUUACCACGUGUUCCAGCUGGAGUCUGGAGGGAGUUCUUUAGAUUUGAUUCUUUUUGAGGCCCAGGUCUACAAAGUUGUGCCUUAUUUCAAUAGAUUACUAAUGAUAAGUUAUAAAACAGAGGCUUUAGAAACAGACUGAAUGUACUUUGAAGUAAAUGAAAUACCUCCUGAACAUGAAGAUUGUGUGACUCAAAGAGCGGCACGCUGAAUGUGAAGAAUCUCUUUGGUCAAAUUCUCACCAAACAUGGAACCAGUUUGCAAAAUCACCAGGGAACUGUUUGGUACUCACAUGCUUUUUCACACUAUUGUUAAAAAUGACUGGUGCUGGGUAGGAAGGAUGAUUUCUGCAGUCUUGUUCUCACACUAGGACACUGACAGUACUGACCUCAGAGGCCAGUAGUAUCACUCACAAACUGACAUGGCUGCCACCUCCGGUCCACGGCGCCAUAAAUAUGAAACACAAGGAACAGGAAUAGAAACAAAUAAAGGUUGCUGGGGUGAGCUGGUGUUACAAUGUGCAACCUGUCAUCACCCAAUAAACCAUGCAGAGAGAAGUACUAUCACAAAGUGUAACACAAAUAUUAGUAGAUUCAAUGUGGAAACAAGUAUUAAUAUAAUAAUAUAAGUUAAUAUUUCUCUAAUCAGUGCCAAUGUAAAUGACUCUGAUGUAUGUUGAUGAUUAUGAAUUCUGCACUUUGGGUGAAAAUUGUAACCUGUAGCUGAACUUCCCGUUUGUGUGUUUUGCAUCUGGGGUAGUAUUUCCUUUAAUGCUGACAUUUAUGAAGUCUUACCUGUGAUCAUAGUGUACAAGCUGUAGACGACCAAACUUGAAAACUUUGUGAGCCAACCUUAGAAACAUUUGAAUGUUUGUGAUUUUUUGUAUCAUGAACAAUUCAAAGCAAGAGGGAAAAUACAAGGAAUAAAUAUUUAACAACAAAAAGAA